CUUCUUCAAAAAAAUGUCAUUUUUUUUUUCUUGUCUUUUUUCUCUGUUUUCUUUUCCACAAAUCCAAGAAACUAACAUUGGCUUCAUAUCUAUUAAGCCAUUUUCUCAACCCUUUGCAAACCAUUCAAUCACAAAAACACAAAAAUGAGUGAUGAAAAACCACAUGCUGUGCUUAUACCAUAUCCAGUUCAAGGCCAUAUCAAUCCAUUAAUCAAAUUAGCAAAACUUCUUCACCUUAGAGGCUUUCACAUAACCUUUGUCAACACCGAAUACAAUCACAAACGCUUGCUUAAAUCUAGAGGUCCGAACGCCUAUGAUUUCACCGGUUUUCACUUUGAAACUAUUCCAGAUGGUUUACCUGAUGGUGACGGCGAUGUUAGUCAAGACAUACAUGCCCUUUGUAAAUCAAUUAGAAAGAACUUCCUUCAACCGUUCCGCGAAAUUCUUACUAGACUUCAAGAAUCUGCCAAGGCUGGUCUUGUCCGCCAAGUUACCAGCAUAGUUACUGAUUGCAGCAUGAGCUUUCCUGUAGAAGUCACUGAAGAAUUUGAUCUUCCGGUUGUUUUCUUUAGUCCGGCCAAUGCAUGCACAUUUUUCGCUGGUGUCCACUUACCUACGUUGUUUGAUAAAGGCCUUAUACCACUCAAAGAUGAGAGUUAUCUGACAAACGGAUAUUUGGACACUAUAGUUGACUGUAUUCCAGGAUUGCAUAACUUUCGACUAAAGGAUUUACCUGACUUUAUAAGGAUUACAGAUCCAAAUAAUGCAAUGGUAGAAUUUAUCAUUGAAGCCGCGGGAAGGGCUCACCGAGCCUCUGCUAUUAUUUUAAAUACUUCUAAUGAACUUGAGAGUGGGGUAAUGAAUGCUCUUUCUUCUGUAUUCCCUAGUAUUUAUGCAAUAGGGCCGUUAUCUUCACUUUUAUAUCAAAGUCCGCAAAACCACUUGGCGUCUUUAAGUACAAAUCUUUGGAAAGAAGAUACCAAGUGUCUUGAUUGGCUUGAAUCCAAGGAACCAGGGUCCGUUGUUUAUGUGAAUUUUGGGAGCAUGACGGUUAUGACUGCGGAAAAACUGUUAGAGUUUGCUUGGGGUUUAGCAAAUAGCAAACAACCCUUUUUGUGGAUCAUUAGGCCUGACCUUGUCAAUGGUGGCUCGGUUGGUUUGUCAUCUGAGUUUGUGAAUGAAAUUGCAGAUAGAGGCCUAAUUGCAGGGUGGUGUCCGCAAGAGCAAGUGCUGAACCACCCUUCAAUUGGUGGAUUCUUGACUCAUUGUGGGUGGAAUUCAACCACCGAAAGCAUAUGCGCCGGAGUGCCAAUGUUGUGUUGGCCAUUUUUCGCUGAUCAGCCAGCGAACUGCAGAUAUAUCUGCGAUACAUGGGAGAUUGGAAUCGAAAUUGAUAAUAAUGUUAAGAGAGAAGAGGUGGAGAAGCUGGUCAAUGAAUUGAUGGUGGGUGAAAAAGGAAAGAUGAUGAGGCAGAAGACAAUUGAGAUGAAGAAGAAGGCGGUGGAGGACACGAAACCAGGAGGUCGUUCAUAUAUGAACUUGGAAAAAGUGAUUAAUGAGGUGUUGCUUAAACAAAAUCCAACUUAAGUUACACCUUUUCCCCUGCAAAACAGUACUUUUAUAAUUCAUUGAAUUUAAAUGAUGAUACUAUUGCCAAGUAUAUUUUGGAUAUGAACUCAUUUCAGCAAGAGUUCUUAAACAGAAAUACUGGUAUAUUAUGUAAUAUUAAA